AUGGAAAACAGUAAUGAACUUCCUAUUUCUACUUUGAAAGUUGAUUUUGGAUGCACAAAGGGAUGCUCAGAAGAUGUCACCGACAUGUUGAAACAAAUUAAGGGAGUGAAAUCUAUUUCCAUUGAUCCAAGUGAAGGGAAGGUAAGAGUUAUUGGUGAUGUAAAUCCCAUGAAACUAAUUAAGCUUCUUCAGAAGAUGGGAACAAAGGUACAACUUUGGUCUUUUGACAAAGAACCAAAGAACAAGGAAGCAUGUUCUCAUGCCAAACAUAAGCUUCAUUCUCGUGCUUGUCAUGAGAGUAGUGACAUUGAGGAUGAUACUCAAACUGAUCAUGGUCAUAAACAUAGGACACAUCACCAUCAGAAAAACAAUAAAAUGCAUGACAGACAUAGUAACAUGUUUGGUUUUGGUAAUCAACAUGGACUACCGCGGCCACCGUACAAUUACCGACCAUUCCCUGAAUAUCACAACAACUAUCACCCAACAAUGCACAUGUACCAACAUCAACAUGGAGGAUAUGUAAUGCCGCCUUCGAUGUAUCCGGGAUUAAGGCCUCCGUAUUCGGGACCAUACCAUGGAUCGGGUCAGCCAAGGGCAACUUAUGGACGUUAUGGCUCAAUGUUUCCAAGUUACAAUCCCAUGGUGCACUACACCAAUUAUGAAGACAAUUACCGCUAUACAAUAUAA